AUGAAUUCUCCUGUAAGAGAGAAACUCGAUGCCAGCCAUGUUGAAGAUAUGGACAAGCCAUGCGGAAAGCAGAAUGCCCUGGACGCUGAGAACCUCCCGUCUUACGAUGACGAUGAAACCAGAAUGGUCCGGCGCAAAAUCGACUGGCGUCUGAUUCCCAUGCUUACUUUGCUGUAUCUGCUGGCAUUUCUCGACCGCGGCAAUAUAGGCAACGCGAAAGUGGCUGGUAUGAACAACGACCUCGGGCUUACCCCCACGCAGUACAACCUUGCUUUGACGGUCUUCUUUAUACCGUAUGCCCUUUUCGAAGUCCCAAGCAACGUGGUCCUGAAGCUGAUGAGGCCUUGUCGGUGGAUCGCAUUUCUCGUCAUCUCAUGGGGAGCGGUCAUGACCUGCCAGGGACUUGUACGGAACUUUGGCGGCCUCGUUACAACACGCGUCCUUCUGGGUGUGUUCGAGGCCGGAUUCUUACCGGCUAGUACCUACCUGCUUGGUGAAUGGUACUGCCGAUUCGAGCUGCAGUGGCGUCUGUCCAUGUUUUUCUCGGCUGCGUCCAUGGCUGGAGCAUUCUCCGGUCUGCUGUCAUUUGCCGGUGUUGGUGGUCUGGAAGGGUGGCGAUGGAUUUUCAUCCUGGAAGGCAUCGUCACUGUCGUUGUUGGGGCGAAUUUCAUUAAGACUCGUCUCGAAAAUGACUCAGGCACUUCGUCGGGGAGGGUACAGACUUCUGAAUCCGAGUUAUUCAAAUGGGCAUACCUUAACUCUGUCUUGCUCGAUUGGAGGAUUUGGUUUACUAUCUUUAAUAUCUGGGGAAAUACCAUCCCAGUGUAUGGCUUCACUUUCACAGCGCCAACUAUCAUCCAUGAGCUCGGGUACAGUGCGGAGCAAGCCCAGCUGCUCACCAUCCCAAUUUAUGCCGUGGGUUUGGUUGCUACCCUCCUUGUGUCCUGGCUUGCGGACAGAUACCACCGAAGAUGGAUAUUCAUCAUGAUUCCUUAUACAGUGGCUCUGAUUGCUGGAGUAUACCCUCCUGCCAUCACCUUGUUCGCGUGGCUUUCCAAUAACCUCUCGCCGACAUGGAAACGCCGCGCCACAGGCAUGGCCCUGAGCAUCAUGCUCGGCAAUAUCGGCGGUGCCAUCGGCUCCAAUAUUUACUUGGCACGAGAAUCACCAGUAGGCGCAUACGCAAGCGCAAAUCGCAAGCGAGAUGAAAUGUCAGAGGAUGAAAUCCGAGCCAAGUACACAGAGCAGGAACUGUUGGACCUCGGAGAUCGGUCCCCAUUAUACCGGUAUGUCUUGUAA